AAUGAAACAAAAGAAGCUGAAAGCAAGAACUGAGAGAAGUAAAAAGGGUUCCAUUACCGUUGGCAUUUCAUUUCUCUCCGCAAAAACGGCAUGACGCAUUCUUUAACAUCGUCGUUUCAUUCCUUCUUCUUCUUCCCUCCUUCUUCAUCAUCCGUACAACUCAACACACCAAAGCUUCAACUUCUGUUACCAAUGUCAUCAAAUUCUCAACCGCUUCCCCUCAAAUUAUCUCUCACACAAAUAGAACAAGAACCACCACCAACAACAACAAUCGCCACAAGAUUCGAGCUUCGUCCUCAACCGAUGAUCCUUCACCAUCUUCAUCAAGUGCGACGAAUUUCAUUUUUUUUCAGUUCCGCUGCUCUAACUGUUACUUUGGCGGUGGCUAAUCGUGUGCUGUAUAAGCUUGCUCUUGUUCCCAUGAAAGAUUACCCCUUUUUCCUUGCUCAGUUCACCACAUUUGGGUAUGUGGUUGUGUAUUUUAGCAUAUUGUAUAUCAGAGAUAGGGCAGGUAUUGUAAGUGAUGAGAUGCUAGCCAUUCCAAAACUUCGCUUUCUGGCCAUUGGGUUUCUUGAAGCUUUGGGUGUGGCCACUGGAAUGUUUGCUGCAGGUACUUAUCUUUGAUGGUUGGUAGGAUCAAUUCACUACACUACACUACCCUCCUCCUUUCUUUUUAUUAUUUUU